AUCACCCAAUGACCCAAUCAAUCGCUAACAACCCAAUAAACCGCGGACGCAGCAGAAAAGAGGUAGAGGGGCGGCGACCGAUGGCGCGGCGGGGCACGGAGGCGUUCCCUAACCUGGGCGCGCACUGCGACAAGCCGGACUGCAACCAGCUCGACUUCCUGCCCUUCGACUGCGACGGCUGCGGCAAGGUCUUCUGCGCCGCGCACCGGACCUACGGGGACCACGGCUGCGCCAAGGCGGCGGACCAGGGCCGCACCGUCGUCGUCUGCCCGGACUGCGGCGACGCCAUCGAGAGGCUGGUUCCGGGGCAGGGCGAGCGGGAGAUCCUGGAGGCGCACGUGCGGUCGCGGCGCUGCGACCCGGGCAAGAAGCGCAAGCCCCGGUGCCCCGCGCGGCGGUGCAGGGAGCAGCUCACCUUCUCCAACACCCAGGACUGCAAGGGCUGCGGCCGGAAGGUGUGCCUCAAGCACAGGUUCCCGGCCGACCACGACUGCGCCGCCAGCGCACCAGGAGCUGCCGCGGCGGCGAGGAGGGCCAGCGGGGAGUGCGGCCGCGGCGCGCGGAAGGAAGGGAGCGGCGGCUGGGCGCUGCCGGCGUCCAUCCGGAGCCUCAAGAUCUUCUGAGGCUUGCCAAUUUGCCAUACUGUCACGUUGCAGCCAGGUCACCACAGCGAAAGAAACUGUUCCUCGAGAUGGAUGCAGCGAACGUAUUUCAUAUGUUCUUUGGUUGAUGUAUAAAUGCAUUUUCAGGCUAAGAAUCUGAAAUACAGAAACUGGACAUUGAAAUGUUCCAUCAAUACUGGUUUUUAAGGCAGAUGUGAAGACAGACAAAUUUGCGUUCAAUAUACUACGGGAGUUUUUUUUUUC